AUGGCCACCACCACCAGCCCUCACGAAAACGGCCAACGCCGCCGCGAAAAACCCAAAGUCGCGAUUGUCAUGGUACCGUUGCCGGCACAGGGCCACCUGAACCAGCUCCUCCACCUCUCCUGCCGCCUCGUCUCCACCGCAAACCUCCCCGUUUACUUCACCUGCUCCGGCGCCCACGUCCGGCAAGCCAAGCUUCGGGCCCACGGCUGGGAGCCAUCCGACCUCUCCAAAAUGCACUUCCACGAGCUCCCCACCCCGACUUUCGAAAACCCGGCUCCAGACCCGAACGCACCCACAAGAUUCCCUUCUCAACUCGUCCCCUCGUUUUCUGCCACAGUCGCCCUUCGCGACCCGUUUUUCUCGUUCGUUCAGAACCUCUCGAAAGACUACACAAGGGUUAUCGUCGUGUACGAUUCGCUCAUGGCUUACGUGGUGCAGGACUUGGACUCUAUGCCGAACGCAGAGUGUUACACCUUUUGGAGUGUCUCGGCUUUCGCGUCGUAUUUUUUCAGGUGGCACAUGUCCGGAAAGCCCGACUUGCCGGGCGAGGCUGGGUUGGUUUUAAAGGAGGCGCCGAGCCCGGACGGGCUUUUCCCUCCCGAGCUCGAAGAGUUCUUCAAACUCCAACUCGAGUCUAAAAAAAGAAUUUCCGGAAGCAUUCAGAAUACCAAUAGAUUGAUCGAAGGGACAUAUCUCGAUUUGCUUGCCGAGGCGAUGAAAGACGAGAUGGAACGGCAUUUCGCGGUGGGCCCGUUUAAUCCGGUCCCGGUUCGUUCGGGAACCCACGAAUGUCUCGAUUGGCUCGACAAACAGGGGACACCGAGUUCCGUGAUGUUCGUCUCAUUCGGUUCGACGACUUCCAUUCCCGACGAGCAGAUUCGAGAACUGGCGACCGGACUCGAGAGAAGCGGGCAGAAGUUCGUUUGGGUGUUGAGGGACGCGGAUAAAGGCGACAUCUUUACGGGAGGAGAGGCCCGAAGGCCCGUUUUGCCGGAGGGUUUCGAGGAGAGAGUUAAGGAGAGGGGGCUCGUCGUCAGGGAGUGGGCCCCACAGCUCGAGAUUCUCGGGCAUUUCGCGACCGGAGGGUUUAUGAGCCAUUGCGGUUGGAAUUCGUGCAUGGAGAGCAUUAGCGCGGGCGUGCCGAUUAUCGCUUGGCCGAUGCAUUCGGACCAGCCGGCGAACGCGGUUUUGAUGACAAAGGUGUUGAAAAUCGGCGUGGAGGUCGUUAAGGAGUGUCGGGAGGAGAUGAUCGUGCCGGCGAGUGCUAUCGAGAGUGUUGUGAGGAGAUUGAUGGAUUCUGAAGAAGGGGAUGAGAUUAGGAGAAGGGCUCAAGAGCUGGGAGUUGCCGUUAGGGAUUCUGUGAAAGAAGGUGGAGUUAGCAAGAAGGAGUUGGAUUCGUUUAUCAGUCACAUUACAAGAUAG